AUGUAUACCGUAGGCAACGUCUACGUGAUCGCGGCUGUGGCCGUGGUCGGUGGAGCGCUGUUUGGUUUCGAUAUCUCAUCGAUGUCCGCCAUCAUCUCUACCGAGCCAUAUCUCUGCUACUUCAACCAAGGUCCAUUGUAUCUCGAGACUGAUGGAAAAUGUUCAGGUCCAUCUGCUGAUGUUCAAGGUGGUAUCACAGCAGCCAUGCCAGGAGGUUCAUGGCUAGGAGCGUUGAUCUCCGGUUACGUUUCUGACAUCCUUGGACGUAAGAGAGCUAUUCAAAUUGGAGCAAUCAUCUGGUGUGUCGGAUCAAUCAUUGUCUGCGCCUCAAAUGGAAUCGCAAUGUUGAUUGUCGGUCGAAUCAUCAAUGGUUUCUCAGUCGGUAUAUGUUCUGCUCAGGUACCAGUUUACAUUACGGAGAUCGCUCCACCAAGUAAACGAGGAAGACUUGUAGGAUGUCAGCAAUGGGCUAUCACCUGGGGUAUUCUGAUCAUGUUCUACAUCUCUUAUGGUUGCUCUUCCAUAAGCGGAACUGCAGCAUUCCGCGUUCCUUGGGGUCUUCAAAUGCUUCCCGCAAUCUUCCUUUUUGGAGCCAUGCUAUUCCUUCCAGAGUCUCCACGUUGGCUCGCAAAGAAGGAUCGAUGGGAGGAAUGCCAAAUGGUUUUGGCUUUGACUCAUGCGAAGGGUGACCAGGACUCGCCAUUUGUCCACAAGGAGAUGGCCGAGAUUCGUGAGGUCGUCGAAUUCGAAAGAGCUAAUGCGGAUGUUACAUAUCUUGAGCUCUUGAGCCCAAAGAUGAUUAACAGGACUCACAUUGGUAUCUUCACGCAGAUAUGGUCACAAUUGACAGGAAUGAACGUAAUGAUGUACUACAUUACCUACAUCUUCACAAUGGCUGGUCUUGGUGACAGCGUCCUCCUUCCAUCUUCCAUUCAAUACAUCAUCAACGUGGUCAUGACAAUUCCUGCUCUUCUCUUCGUUGACAAGUGGGGACGUCGCCCAACCCUCCUCGUCGGAGCCGCCCUAAUGAUGAUCUGGCUCUUCACAAACGCCGGUUUACUCGCUACCUACGGUACUGUUCCCGCACCAGGAGAAUUUGCUAGCGAGGCAGAAUCCAUCAAGAUCACGGGUGCACCAAGCAAAGCAGUUAUAGCUUGCACGUAUUUAUUUGUGGCUUCAUACGCACCAACGUGGGGCCCUGUUUCGUGGAUCUACCCAUCAGAGCUUUACCCUCUCCGUGUACGAGGAAAGGCUGUCGCACUUGCAACGUCCGCAAAUUGGGCGUUCAACUUUGCACUCGCCUACUUCGUUCCUCCUGCCUUCGCCAACAUCCGCUGGGAAGUUUACAUCCUAUUUGGCGUUUUCUGCGUUGCCAUGUUCCUCCACGUCUUUUUCCUAUUCCCAGAAACAUCCCAGAAGCCUCUUGAAGAGGUUGACGCAAUCUUCGAUGAUACUACCCCAGGAAGUAUCAGAUUCCUUGGAACUCCAGCUUGGAAGACUAAGGUACAGACUUAUACUGCUAAGAUGGAGAGAGGGGAAAUGGAUCCUGAGGAGAAAUUUGCGAAAAAUGAACUGGAGCACAAAGAGGUGGGAGGAGAGGGGGAAAAGAGGGUUAGUGAUGCUACUAAGGUUGAGGCUGUUUGA